UGCAGAUAUUAUGAUAUGCGACUGUGUGGCGACCAUGAUGUAUUUGGCUUAUGCUUAUGCUCUCCCCUGGCCCGAGAAAGAAAACACGAAAAUGACAACAUCCGGUUGAGUUACACAUGGUUACUUCAUGUCAGCAAAGUCAAUAAACGUUUCAUGAUACUGGACACACGUUGUAGAGUCAACAUUGCCGCGUGCAUGUCUGUGUUCCGUAGUCUACAGCUUAACCAGAGGAUCUCUCGGCACCUUGUGACUGAUGUAAAGAGGCUCAAUCGUCUUUUGCUGAGUAUGAAAAAACAGGAACGGCCAUACCUUCGCCAUAUAAAGUACCGUGAAAAAGUUGGAGGCAAACUUCCAGUUCCCUCUGUCAUUGAUGUUCAUGUUGUGGGCAGUGGGGCAAGGGGUGCCCCACGGUCCUUACUGCUGACAACAAAUCAUAGCAAGUACCUUUUCAAUUGCGGUGAAGGAACUCAAAGAAUUGCAUCAGAAUUUAGGAUGCGACUUUCUAAACUAGAGAACAUUUUCAUUACACAUAAGAGCUGGGAUAACAUAGGAGGUCUUCUAGGUAUGGGCCUGACCCUACAGGUCAUGAAAGUCCCACGACUCCUUAUCCAUGGCCCCCCUGGUGUGGAAAGUGUCAUCAUGAUGGCUAAAGGCUUUGCAGAGUCUCCAAAUAUAGUUCUUGAGAAGAAAGAGCUAGAUAACGGAACAUUUACAGAUACUUCACUUCAGAUUGACUAUGUUCCUUUUUAUAAGAAGGGCUUCAAUCCUGAAAAAAGAUGUCUUAAUCAAGAUGAAAAAGCUGUUGAAGAUUCACAAGUUAAGAAAAAACAGAAACUUGUUUCAGAAGAAAAUGCUGUUGCUGUUGCAUACAUUUGUAAGCCUUUCCCGACACAAAGAAAAAUAAUUUUGGAGAAAUGUGUUGAUCUAGGAGUUGAAGUGGGACCCUUAUUUGCCAAGCUGAAGAAUGGAGAGAGCGUGACGCUACAAAAUGGCAGUGUUGUCCAUCCAGACCAGGUUCUGAGUGAUCCUGAGACACCUUCUCCAAUUCUCAUUGUCGAGUGUCCCAGUGAAGACUACCUUGAUUCCAUGCUAGCCAGCCCUCAGCUAGAAACUCACCAGAAUUGCAGUGAUACUGAUUUAAAUAAACCAGCACUUAUUGUCCAUAUGACCCCACUACAAGUGUACAAGAGAGAGGAGUACCAAUCAUGGAUGAAGAAAUUUGGUCCAAAUGUGCAUCAUCUUGUUCUGAAUGAGCUAACAUCAGAAAUAAUGCUGGAAGGGGUGUAUCGUUACCAGACUCAGUUAAAUCUUGUGCACUCUACCAUUUUUCCUACUCUGGCACAUCAUCCACAUAGCUCCCAAUCUGAACAAGUACAAAGCAAUGAUAUGCCUGCAGAGACAGGAGCUGGGUGUGAGACUACAUCAGUUGUGAUGGGCUGCACUAACCUUCGUUAUCAGUACAGACCCAAGAAAGAGUUUGUUUGGGAUCAGUGUAUUCGGCUGGACCCGGAAGCGUACAUAGCAGAGGCUUUAGCACAGACAGAUGUGAAAGAGGUGCUUGAUGAUCUUCAACAAGAGUUAAAAGCAAUGCAUAGUAGCAUUCAACAAGCAAAGAGUAAUAGUCACAGGGCAGGAAUGUACCCACGCUUUGUGUUUCUUGGUACAGGUUCCUCUGUUCCAAGCAAGGGACGAAAUGUCAGUGGCCUUGUAGUGCACCUGAGUGAUGACGCUACGGUGAUUCUUGACUGUGGUGAAGGUACUUCAGGCCAGCUUUACCGCCAUUAUGGGAAUGAAGCAGGACAUGUGCUUAGGACCCUGAAAGCAGUCUUUGUUUCUCACCUACAUGCUGAUCAUCAUAUGGGUCUUUUCAGCCUUCUUCGAGAUAGACAGGCAGCCUUGGAUGCUUCAAAGCAGGAAAUGACUCCCACCCUGCUGUUGGCCCCAAUUCAACUUGCUCGUUGGCUUCGGUUUUACGAUGAGCAUGUAGAACCUAUAAAAUCAUUAUUCAGGCAUAUUCCCCUGCAAUAUGUGCUGUCACACAUGCUUGAACUGCCAGUGAAUGCAAACAUGUAUGCAGAUAUCUUGAAGGAACUGUCAUUGUCAGAGUUUGUGCCAGUUGAAGUUGAACAUUGUCCUAAUGCUUUUGGUCUCUCAAUGGUGCACAAAGAUGGAUGGAAACUUGUUUUCUCAGGGGACACAAUUCCUUGUGAACGGCUUGUAAAUGCAGGAAAAGACUGUGAUAUUUUGGUGCAUGAAGCCACACAUGAAGAUAAUUUAGAAGAAGAGGCUCACCAGAAAAGGCACAGUACCACUUCCCAGGCAAUCGACAUUGGGCAGCGAAUGGGGGCUAAGUUCAUUCUGCUAAAUCACUUCAGUCAACGUUAUGCAAAGAUCCCUGUCUUCAAUGAUUUGCAGUCUACAAAUGUUGGCAUUGCUUUUGAUAAUAUGAGUGUGAGCAUGUGUGAGCUUCCUCUCCUACCUCUGUUCAUCCCUGCACUGAAAGCCCUGUUUGCAGAGGAACAUGCUGAUCUGGAAGCCAUUUCCAUUAAACGGAAUAGAAGGAAAGAACUUCAGGAAAAGUUAUCUGCCCAAAUAAGAUCUUGAUUGGAAUUUAAGUUGUGGAGAUGUAAGAUGAAACUAAACACAUUUUAUAUUAAGCUGGUUUAUGAGAAGGAAUUUUCAUCCAGUCUUCAUGCAAGCUAUCUUCUGACAGACUGAAAAAUGGAACUACAGUGAAUGUGGUUUUGAAACCAUAAUACUCUUAUUGCUAUAUUAGCAAAGAAAAUGUGUUGCCCUUUUUUGUAUAGACAAACUAGUAGUAAAAUGAUUUAGAUUCCUCUGGUUUAUGUCUGUUUUGGAGAAUUGCAUAGUUUUCUUUUAAGAAAAGAAAACAAUUGCAGCAUGACAUUUUAUAAUUAUCUCAAGGUGUGUUACAUAAAUCUCAUGUGAUUGUAAUGUACUAUAUCAUGAUUUUCAACUGUUGUAAGAGCUUGUUGAAAAAUGAAAAAGCACAGUUGUGUUAGGUUUGUGAUCGGUUAAGCUAGCAGAGGAAGCAGAAAAGACUGGCUUAAAGGUCAACAGAAAGAAGACUGAAGUGAUAAGAAUCAUUCAACAACAUGCAGGAACUCCCAAUCCAACUUCAAGGAGAGAACAUUCUGGAAACAAACCGCGUCACGUAUCUGGGAGCAUAGUCAGCAAGGAAGGUGGAGCAUAUGAUGACAUCAAAAGUUGCAUCAACAUGCCCUGGCAUGUUUUCAACAACCUACGCCCCAUCU